AUGUAUAGACUUGUAACUAUUGCAUGCAUGGCACUGAUGUGCGUUGCAAUUGCCAACGCUCAGUCUGCCUCUUAUGGAUUCCAAGUGCCAUACGCUGGAGGCCACACCAUCACAAUCACCAACACUGGUGGCUCUAACCUCGUCAUGGCUACAAUGCUGAUGGAGUCCAACGUUGUGUUCUCAGGCACACCAUACGGCUCGCUCUGGAACAACGAUGCCACCUACACCUACAAGUCCUCGGGCAACGGUGUCACCUACCUCUACACCAUCACCUGGGGCACCGACGGCUUUGAGCUCGGUCCAGGCCAAUCCGCUGACAUGACCUACACCGUUGGCAACACCGGUGGUCCUUUGGGCGCACUCGGAAUGAACCCCAACUACGUCCAGAUCAUCCCAAAGGGUGCCUCGGGUCCAAUCACCCUCCCCAUCCAGGGUGCCUGCAAGGGUUCAGCCUGCAACAACCCAUCGCCAAACUACCGUAUCGUCGGUUACUACACCGAUUGGGACAUGUACGAGCGUCAGUACCUGCCAUCGAACCUGCCAAUCAACAAGAUCAACGAGGUCAACUACGCCUUCUUGAACUUUGAUCUCCAGGGUAACUUGCAGCUCUAUGACACCAACUCUGACCCACAGCAGCUGCCACGUCUCUCUGUCCUCAAGCAGCAGUACCCAUACUUGAAGUUGUACCUCUCGAUCGGAGGCUGGACUCUGUCCAACGACUUCUCCACCGUCGCCGCCUCUGCCUCGGCCACCAAGAACUUUGCCACUCAAUGCGCCAACUCCCUCAUCCAGACUGGCUUUGAUGGUAUUGACAUUGAUUGGGAGUACCCAGUAGUCCGUGAGGGAUCCAACGCCGACGCUGUCGACUUCCCCAACUUCAUGACUGCCAUCCGUCAGGCCCUCGAUGCCGCCGCCGCCGAGCAAUCCGAGCGUCUGGGAACCACCGUCCAGUACUACCUGUCAUUCGCCGCCACCGGAGGUGUCGACAAGAUUGAGGCCGUCUCCAACCUGAACCCCAACGCCUGGACCCAGGUCAAGGAGGCUGUCGACUACGCCAACGUCAUGACCUACGACUUCCACGGUGCCUUUGACCAACCGGGCCCCUCUGACUUCUUGGCCGCCUUGGACAUCACCCCACAGGACCCAUACUACAACAACGCCACACUCGGCAAGUACGACACUGUCGAUGCCAUGAACGCCUGGCUCAAGGUCGGCUUUGAGAAGUCACAGCUCGCCAUCGGUGUGCCAUUGUACGGCCGCAGUGUCACCGUUGCCCAGAUGGGCGACACCAACGGACUCUGGCAACCAAUCACCGGCUGCCCAACUGGUGAGUUCGAUGACACUGGACUGUUCGACUACCGUUGCAUCAUCAACAACGAGUGCUACGGCACAAGCUUGCCCGCCGACACCAUCAUCAUCCAGGCUGCCAACAACCCCAACGCCAACUACUCCCAGGAGCCAAUCGGAUACAGUGCCCAGAGCAACUUCUUCAUCUCGUUCGACGAUGCUCAGACCGCCGUCGCCAAGGCCAAAUACGUCGUGGCUCAAGGCUUUGGUGGUGUCAUGAUGUGGACCUUCUCUGGAGAUGUCGCCAUCAACAACCCCAACUCAAUCAUCAACGCUCUCUACACCACCCUCAACGCC